AUGGAACGAAAAGGGCAAAUGAAGGGCAAAGGAGUAGAAGGAGAAACAGUGCAAGUUCAAGGCGGUCAUAUUCUCCGGUCAACUAGACUGAAGGAUCGGCACAGCAAGGUUUACACAGCAAAAGGCCCGAGGGACAGAAGAGUCAGGCUUUCUGCUCACACUGCAAUACAAUUUUAUGAUGUUCAGGACCGAUUAGGCUACGACCGGCCUAGCAAGGCAGUCGAUUGGCUUAUUGAAAAGGCGAAAGAUGCUAUUGAUAAGCUAGACGAGCUACCUCAUAGGCACCCGAACAAUACUUCAGUAGCUCAAAAUUCCGAAUCUAAUCCAAUUUCAAAUGGGACAAAAGUUAAUAUACAACCAGAAUCUUCAUUUAACAUUCAAUCAGAACCUGACAAGGAAUUCAUGACCAUGAUGAAAUCAUUCUUCCAAACAAGUUCUGGGGUGGCUUCAUUGAUGAAUUAUCAGAAUUUCCCACAUGAUAUAAUGUCAAGAGCCUCAUUUCAGGCUAAAGACCUUGGCCUUUCACUUCACAUAUUGCAAGACCAAAAUUCAUGGCCUUCCACUAAUCCAGAACCAUCUGCUUCAACAUUUCAGGAUAAUUUCCAAAGCAUGGAUAGUUGGAGUGCCAACGGAAGUGUCGAAAAUAGGGUUGGAUUUCUUGUUGACUCACAUGCAAUGCCUCAAGUCCAACAAGCAUUUUUCUCCCAGGACAUGCCAUUUUCUCAUAGGGAACUCCUUCAAUCCAAUUACUCAAACUUUUUUCAACAUAAUCCACAGCCAAGUAUUCGCCAAUAUUCAGAUGCCGGUAGCCAUUUCGAGUUUGGUUUUCAAGUUCCAGCUAGAAUUCAUGGAGACAAUGAGCCAGAAACCCAAAAUUGA